AUGUCUGGAUUAUCUUACUUGUGUGAUUACGGAGAUUCCGGAGAAAGUGAAACGGAGGAAAGUAGGAAUAUUGUAAAAGAAAAAUUAAAGUUACCAGUACCGAAUCUGACUAAGGUAUCUGUAUGUCCUUCAGAUUCUUAUUGUGAUGAUCCACAGCAACACCAUGGUCGCAUACGAACAUUUCCUCAUAUAAGAGGAAAUUGGGCGAGUUUAGUGUAUAUAAAAUCUCCUGAUGAAAGUGACGUACUUGAUUUGCUGAAUAAAAUAAAAUUUGUUUUUAAAACCAUUGAUGAAACCUGCUAUCCAUGUGAUAAUUUACAUAUAAGUGUGUCAAAAACUGUUGUAUUAAAGUAUCAUCUAAUAACAUCAUUUACAACAUCCUUACAAAAGAUUAUUAGCGGAAUAGAAACUUUUGAAUUGGGGUUUGAUACUAUAGAGGUAUACACCAAUGAAGAAAAAACUCGAACAUUUCUUGCUUUGAAGGCCGAUCAAUUGAGCAGAAAAUUUUUGCUCAAAAUUGUUGAAAAAGUGGAUACUGUACUUGAAGACUACAACUUACCAACCUUUUAUAAAGAUCCAUCAUUUCAUAUGAGCAUUUUGUGGUGGAAAGGGGAUAUGAAGGAUGUUAUUUUAAAUCACAUUGAUGAAUUAAAUACCAUUCUGGCUCAGGAGAAAGAAGUUUUCAGGAAUUUUUAUAUACAAAAAGUAGAUUGUAAAGUUGGUAAUAAAUAUUACCAGUUUCAUCUUGACUAA